AUGAAGGUAUCCGUGGCUUCGGCUCAGAUUGACCUCUAUGAGGUCUUGGAAGUUCAUGCUUCCGCUUCUAAGGACGACAUUCGCAAGGCUUACCGCAAGGCGGCUUUGACCAACCACCCUGACAAAGUUCCAGAGGCUGAGCGUGAAGAAGCCUCAGUUCGAUUCAAGGCAGUUCAGGAAGCCUACGAUAUCCUCUACGAUGAUGACAAGCGACACCUUUACGACACACACGGCAUGUCCGCCUUCAACGGCUCUGGUGAACCUGGAAUGGCUGGCGCUCCCGACAUCGAUGAUCUCCUGGCACAAAUGUUUGGUGCUGGCAUGGGCGGUAUGGGUGGUAUGCCUGGUAUGGGAGGUAUGGGGGGUAUGCCUGGCAUGGGUGGUAUGCCCGGUGGUCACCCUAACCGGCCCCGUAAGAGUCGCAAUGAGGAGCAGGACUAUGAAGUCAGUCUGGAAGAUUUGUACAAGGGCAAGACUGUUCGUUUCACUAGCACCAAGAACGUCAUUUGCGGACACUGCAAGGGCAAGGGUGGAAAGGAGAAGGCUACUGCGAAGAAGUGCUCAACUUGUGAUGGCCAUGGAGCCAAGGAGGUUCUGCAGCAGAUGGGUGGUUUCUUGACCCAGCAGACUGUGACUUGUACUACUUGCAAGGGUCUGGGUUCAUACUUCGCCCCUAAGGACAAAUGCAAGAAGUGCAAGGGCGAGCGCGUCAACGAGGAGAAGAAGAUGCUGGAGCUCUACAUUCCCCGCGGCACAAAGCAAGGAGACAAGAUCAUCCUGGAGGGCGAGACCGACCAGGUGCCCGACCAGGAACCUGGCGACAUUAUCUUCAAGAUUGUGGAGGAAGAGCACCCCGUGUUUGCUCGCGCUGGCUCCGAUCUCCAGGCAACCAUUGAGGUCACAUUGGCCGAAGCUUUGAGCGGUCUUUCGCGCGUUGUGAUCAAGCACCUUGAUGGCCGCGGCAUUGAAAUUCGCCACCCCCAGAUCCCCGGCCAGGUUCUCUCUCCUGGACAGGUUCUCAAGGUUCCCGGAGAGGGUAUGCCACUGAACCGUAGCGAUGCCCGCGGUGAUCUCUAUCUGAUCGUCGAUGUCAAGUUCCCCGGCCCUGACUGGAAGCCCUCUCCCGCUACGCUCGAGAAGCUCAAGGAAAUGCUGCCCAAGCCCGAAAAGAAUAUUCCUGCUGAACACAUUGACGAGGUUGAAUUUGACCCCAAGGCCAACAUCGAAGAAUUUGGAGCUAAGGAUGGACACGCAUGGGAAGACGAGGAGGAAGAUGAUGAACCAGCGCAGUGCGCUACUCAGUAG